UGUUUCCAGACGUGUUUUAGACGGUGGGACGCAGUUGCUUAGUUACCGCUGCAGGUGCUGUGUCUGGAAUGUAUAGGUAAAAUAAAAUGGUGCUACUAUAGUAAUAUAAAAUCACGUAUCGCAAAUGAUGGACGAAGGAACGGAACUCUCAGUGACGAUUGCUCAAAUCGUCCAGAAACUGAAAGGGUCUAAUUUACACUCUCAGCUGGAGCGACAAGCCAAAGAAUGUCUGCAAAGACCAGAAAUUCAACUUGAAGAUCUUAAAGAAGAUGUAAAGGAAUUCUUAAAGAAAUCAGGUAAAAAGCAUUUGAAAUGUUGGGAAACAAAGCUACAGAAUGCAGUUUACCGUGAGCUGAAUGUGCUUCCUCCCCCCAGUCACCCAGAAGCACCUGCUGAGCACAUUAAGGAACCAUUGGCAUACAUGAGAAAGGCACAGGGCAGCUGGGAAAAGCGUAUCCUCAAAAGUCUGAACAGCAUGUGCACUGAAUUAAGUAUCCCACUGGCACGAAAGAGACCUGGAAAUGAACAAAAAGAGCUGCUAAGCAAGUGGAAUGAAAUGGGAACUGAUGAACCAGAUUUAAGCCACUUCAGACCUGUUUAUGCCCCUAAAGAUUUUCUAGAGGUACUGAUUAAUCUUCGAAACCCCAACUAUGACAGUAGUGACCAACCUAGCUCUAAGAGUCACUGGGGGCUAAUCCAGGUUCCACUGAAAGUCAAAGACAUUCCAGAGCUAAGGGAAUCUUUUGCAGAAUUGGGUCUGAAUAGUGGACAGCUAGGUAUUGAUGAUACCACCCAAGUUCCAGCAGACAUGUUUGAAAGUGAACAUGCUGGUAUUGGAAGAAAAGUUCUCAUAGAACAGGACAGCGCUGCUGCUGAGCAGUAUAUACGACAGGGCUGUCCGAAUGAAUUGCGUGCAGAAUUGUGGGCACUAAUUCUGAAUGCCACCAAUGAACCCGAGGAUAUAUUGUACUAUGAACAAUUGAAAUCUGGUGUCCUCCAUCAUGACCUGUUAGUUGACAACCUGAUCUACAAGGAUGUAAAACUGACUGCCAGUAAUGAUGAUUACUAUUUUGUGUUUGAAGAUUACUUGUACCAGGUAUUGCUUUGUUUUUCCCGAGACACAGUGGUAUUGGAGCAUUUUAAUUACAACAGUGCUACUCCGCCAAAGUCUUACAUUCAAGGCAAACUGGGAUUAGAAGACUAUGCGGUUGUUUAUCCACCCAAUGGUGUUAUCCCAUUUCAUGGAUUUUCUAUGUAUGUGGCUCCUCUCUGUUUUCUUUAUAAUGAGCCUUCCAAACUUUACACUGUGUUCCGUGAGAUGUAUGUGCGCUAUUUCUUCAGGCUCCAUUCCAUCUCAUCAUUUUCUUCGGGUAUUGUAUCCUUAUGCUUGCAAUUUGAAUCCCUGCUCCAAACCCACCUCCCCCAGCUCUUCUAUCACCUGCGUGAAAUUGGCGCACAACCGUUACGUAUUGCAUUUAAGUGGAUGGUGCGAGCUUUUUCUGGUUAUCUUGCCACUGACCAGCUUCUACUCCUGUGGGAUAGAGUCCUUGGAUAUAACUCACUUGAAAUUCUUGCUGUACUGGCAGCUGCUGUGUUUGCUUUCCGAGCACAGAAUCUGAUGGAGGUGACAUCACUGGCUGCAGCUGAAGCCGUCCUUGCAGACCUUUCAACUCUAAAGGUUAUGCCUCUACUUCAGAUCUUCCUGUUUGCCACUAUCAUGUGAAGAGGUGAAGACACUGAUGCCAUAAAACCUUUGAUUCAGUUGUGCAAAUGAUCAUGAAGAGUUGCAUGAAAUACAGAAACAUGUGCAUGUAAUACCACAGUAUACAGCUUCAUGCACUGUCUUGUGUUUAUACUGUAUACUGUUUCAAACUGCAACUUUGCACAAGAAUAGCAUGAUGCUAAUAUGCCAUAUUUCUAGCAUGUAGCCAAUACAAAAAUAAAUAUUAUUAGUCUUAAUUAAUUUGUUAGUGUAUGAGAUCCUCAAUGUGAAAUGCAUGAACGGGUACGUACUGUGUGUGGUAUAAUGUUUACAAUGCUUAGCAAAUGAGUUUAUCUUUUCAUGCACUGGCCAUAAGUUUCUACAAAAAUAAAAAAAAAUAUCAUAUUGUAAUUGUAAAAUGUAAUUUAGUCUGUACAGCAAUGAAGCCAUGCUGUUAACAAACUUUGCACUUGAAGUCUUCGCAUAACAACAGUAACCAGUAUUCUAAAAUUUUUAGAGAAAACAGACAUAAAUGCAUCAUUGUGAUUAUUCAUAUGCUGAUUGUUUACAUUGUAAAUGUAUGUGUUCCUUCAAGCAGCCAUUACAGGUGCUGGAAUAAAGUUGAUUUCCAGUGUU